CAAAGUGACUGUGCUGUAACGCUGAGCAUCACAUUGUGCAGGGGGGACCCAUUUGACCGGCCCAUACGCACCACUAUGGAGCGGCUUUGGAUCGCCGUGGCAACAUGUCUGCUCGCGCCCUGCUCUGUCAAAGGCAACGAGUGGUGGUGGGAGUACGAGGAGGGGAUACGACACUACAGCAAGGAGGCCCUCCACAAGGAGUUUCCAGAGAAAACUCGACCGGUGAGCUUCAAGCAUCCGGUGUUCCAAUGCCCGGACAUGAGCCCUUCGCCCUCUGUGCCCUCCUCAGUUGAAUUUGUGAAGGCAGCAGAUAUCAAAGUCAUCGCUGCUUUGGGGGAUUCGCUGACGACGGCCAUCGGCGCCAACGCCACCACCGUCCUCGGGAUUCCCAUCGAGUUUCGCCACGUGUCGUGGAGCAUCGGAGGCUACGGGUCAUUUCAGCAUGUCAUUACUUUGGCAAACAUCAUCAAGCUGUUCAAUCCCGAUCUGCUCGGCGCCGCCGCCGGCAAGACGGUCCACGGGAUGCAGGCUCACAUCAGCGAGACGGGCUUCAACCUGGCUGUGACUGGACACAACACCUUCAACCUCCCUGUCCAGACGAGACAUUUGAUCGACACACUGAGAGGUUACGAGGGUCUGAACUUUGAGCAAGACUGGAAGCUUUUGACCAUUCUCAUGGGCAUGAAUGACAUCUGCGACUACUGCAAAGAUAAGGCUCUCUUCUCAGCGGAUAACUUCAUUCACUACAUCACCGUCUCCUUGGAGAUGCUCAUGAAUGAGGUUCCUCGUAUGAUCGUUAACAUCGUUCAGAUACUUCCCAUGCAGACUCUGAGGGAGGUGCAGAAGCCCACCCCGGGGUGCCUGCUCCAGAGGUCGUUCUGCCCGUGUCUUAUCGAGCCAGCGGCCGCGUCUCCUGAGCUUCAAGAGCUGGUAGAAGUCAACCUGGAGUUGCAGAGGAGACUCGAGUCGCUGCUGCACAGCGACCGUUUCUUCAAGGACGACUUCGCCGUCGUCCUUCAGCCCUUUCUGAAACACGCCGACCCUCCGCGCCUCCCGAAUGGGAAGAUUGACAUGACCUUCUUCACUCACGACUGCUUCCACUUCACCAUCAAGGGGCACGAGGAGCUGGCCAAGGGACUGUGGAACAACAUGUUUCAGCCUGAGGGUGAGAAGCUGGUUGUGAGCAGCUUCUCUGACCCCAUCAGUCUCAUCUGUCCACCCAGGGAACACCCGUACAUCUUCACCCGGCCGAUAGCAGCCGAGUCCGGUCCGCCUGGCGCUCCGUCUCCGGCGGCCCUCUUCCUGCUGCUCCUCCUGCUCCUUCUUGUGGGAUGACCUGGGUUCAUGUGGCUUUGAGGCGACGCAGUGGAUCACCUGCAAAAGGGGGAAGCCAGUGAGACACCGACACGCAGCAUGUCUGUGGCCCCAAAUAGCAGCACACAGAAUCGUAACAAGCUCAAUAUAUUUCAUGCGGUUGGAGGAGCCUGUUGCUGAGGAGCUUUCUCUGCAUGCAACUAGUGUUGUGACGUUUAUACAUCCACACACAAAACAUUAAACUAAUCGCACUUUGUCCAAAACUGAAAGUGUUUUUAAUUUAAAACAUUUUUUUUUAAAAGAAAGGUAUUAAGUUACAUUUUUGCAAAACUGAUUUUAGAAACGUUUUUCCUGGGAGGUUGACGGAGCUCAAAUUCUCACUGUCACACGAGAGGCUCUGAUCUGAUGGGGGGGGGAAAAAAAGUGUAAAGAUGGAAAUGUUAUUAUUAUUAGUAUAAUGCGCUGAGCACCAGAGGAGACAAAGUAACCCACCGCAGUGAACCAACACUCCCAGUAUCGUACAGGCUGGUUCAGAGUGCACAGUAUGUAUUGACUCCGUUUUAAUUAGUGAAAGCACGAGGCCAGGUGGAAGCUAUAUUAAGCUCGGCUCGGUUUACUUUGAUUUAGCUCUUGAAAAGGAAAUGAAAAGCUUUUGAGUGUGUACUCUGCACGGGAGGGUUGGAGCAGAAUGGGAUGGUUCCCAAGGUAAACAUGGCUUACAUAAUGCAGGCAAAAACCACAGGAUAAUUUUUUUUAAAACAUGUUUUAUUUAGUGAACACUUUCUUUUUUUUCCCCUGGAUGCUAGAAACACUCGAGAGGAUCUGGGGAUAUUACAAUAUAUCCCGUGUCCCCUGUUUUCUACCGUUUAUCUCUGGGCUGAAUUUCAAUGAGUCCUCGAAGCUGUUGGAUUUCAUAAUGACCUCCUUUUUUUAUUAUUGCAUUCAACGAAAAGCCCUCUUCAUGUUUAAACAAAGCCUGCCGCCGCUCUGGUUUAAUGCGGGACAAACACGGGCCUUUUUUAAAACCAUUUAUUGUGUCUCUGGAAGCACAAUGAGGUCUUUGGGACAUCGGUGGACGGAGCAGCAGGACAUUUGAAACGGCAAACAGUCGGAGCCGCACCUCAGAAAACCUCUUUUGUCUGGUUUUGGCUUGUGUGCAUCAGAGACGCAGAACUUUACCAGAGAGAGAGAGAGCAAACCGUCUGAAGGCUGUAUUCACAAUGAGCUCGUUAAGAAACGGAGACACGCCUUCACAUAAUGAAACUAUAUGAAAACAACGCUUCUCGCAUCAUGUGUUUCUUUUUCAUUUUGAUUCAAUUGCUGUCGGCCAUUCUGGUUUCAGACCACAUGCUUUUAAGGACGUCAUAAAAAGAAUGCAUAAUCGUGAUUAAGUUACAUUUAUUUCACAUUUAUGUAUAUUUGCACCAAUUCAGGUGGAAACCAUUUUUUUUUUUGUAUAGAAAAAGGGGGCAUUUCAGAUGCAAACACCUGCAUGUUGCGGUCUGAAAUGAUAUCGUAAUAAUAAUCAAUCAAUCAGAUUCCUGACUGAAUCCAUACACAUUGUGUUUAUCGCACUAAUGUAUGUUUGAACAGGUCUGUUCAUUCUGCCCCUGAUUCAUCAAUGUGCACCUGCCCAAUGUUUUGAGGUUUUACUGCACUAUUCUCUCCCGUGCUACACAUUAAAUGACAUGUAAUGUACACACUUAAAUAACAUUUAAAACUAAUUCAAAUAAAAACUCCAAUAGCUUGUGAAUGCGACAACAAACAAAGACCGUUGGAUCACGCAGCAUUUAGAUUUUUUAGCAAAUUGUGCACAUGUAUGUCCAGUAGACAUCUGGUGUUGUAUAAAUAAAUGUAUGACAUAAUUGGGAA